AGCACCACAUCGCCCAGCCUAUCCUUUGCCCCUGCUGCCAUCUGUCAUUCAGCCGGAACACAUACGGCGCUUAGGUGACUACGAGAGAAAACAUAACUUCGACGCCCCCAUUGCAAAUCCCUGCAAAAGCGCCUUCGCGAAGCUCCGACGAAAGCCAAAACAAGCCAGAGAAACAUGUGGAGUUUUAGGGGGUGGGGAGGCUCCAGCCAGCAGGAGGAGCAGGCACAGAAUGAUGUACAGCAACAGCAGCAGCCGCAGGAAGAAGAGGAGGAGGACGACGAUGAGGACGACGAGUACGAGGAGGACGAGGACCCGGAAGAGACUCGUUUCAUCGAGAGAAUGCUUGCGGACGUAAAUAAUUUCGGCAUUUCUUUUUCUCAGUUGGACCAACGCAACGAGGGAGACGCUCUGAGGUUGCUAGGGUGGGCCUGCAAGAGCAAGGCAGCUCCAGAUGUCAUCAACAAGAUUGGCGAUCGGUGCACUGACCUCUCGGCUUGGUCGCUAUUCAGACUUCCGGCCCUCCAAAUUGCGGUUCAAAACGGACAUCUUUCUGGGGUAAAAGAGAUGCUCCGUAUGGGGGCGGACGUCAAUAGUAUGUCGGGCGAGCACAUCAUGUCCACAGCUCUUCAUGAGGCGGUGGGAUCGCGGAGCUUGGCUCUUGUGAAACCGCUGUUGAGGCAAGACGAACUUGAGGUUGACGUCCUCAACCGCGCUGGACAGACCCCCCUCUACCUGUGCGUGGGAAACGCUAUUGAACCCGACGAAGAGGACAUCGAAAUUGUCUAUGCCGACAUGGCAGUGGCGCUGAUUAAAAGAGGCGCAGAUGUGAACAAGGGGAGCCCUCAUGAUCCAAACGAGACGCCCUUGCUACUCGCUCUUCGAAGCCAGAAGUGCAUUAUCUUGGCGCAGAUGCUGAAAUUGGGCAAGAAGCCGCCGGCGCCGGUUGUCGAGAUGUGCAUGAAACAUCUCGAAGGAAGCAAGGGAAAUGAGGCCGUUCUCGAGCUGCUCGAAAACGCAGGUUGGGGCCGUAGUGCUCCAGACGAUGCGAGGACGGAAACUGCUGAGCGCUCGCGGGAUAUCAACGAGGUAUUGAGGGCGGUGCCGCCCACGGGUUCGGAGCACCCUUCUACUGGGAAUCCCGUCCCUGACCAGACCUACACGUUACACGAUGCAGUCCGGAGUGGAAACCUAAGCGCGGUGGAAGGACUACUUAGCACGGUUAGGAAUGUCAACGCCGUCGGCGCUGAUGGAGGGACCGCGCUGCACUUGGCAGCCACAAUCGGCCGUGACGACAUCGUGGAAGCGUUGAUCCGGACCACGGGCAUCCUUGUGGACAAAGUUGACAACCACAAACGGACAGCCCUUUUCAGGGCGGUAUCGGCGAACCACGUUGAAGCCGUGAAGACCCUGCUCAAGGCCGGCGCCUCUUGCAACGACAGGGAUCGUUUCGGAUAUACCCCCCUGCAACAGGCCGUCAAGAGGCCGGCCGGGGCGAUCAUGGAAGCUCUCCUAGAUGCGGGAGCGUCGCCGGGCCUGGGUGGCGAGCAGGGUUUCACGCCUCUCCAUAACGCAUGCGAGUACGAUGCGCCUGGGACGGUGGAAGCCUUGCUCCGCGCCAAGGCCCUGCCGGGGCAUUGCUGGAACAAGUCGCUGCAAACUCCGCUUCUGGUGGCGUGCAAGCGAGGAAACCUCGGUGCGGUGCGGUUGCUUCUGCCCCACCUGUCGGAAAGGCAGGUUAACAUGCGCAGCAGCUCUGAUUCGGGCGCAGAGACUCCGCUCUCGGCCGCCAUAACAUGCGAACCCCCAAAGAUGGAGAUAGUGGAUAUCGUAGAAGCGCUGCUCAAGAACGGCGCAGAUCCGCACAUGCAGACAUCAGGCAAUGGUGUGUCUGCGAUAUUCACGGCCCUUAUCCUAAAGCCGGAGGGCGUCGCGGUCGACCGCAUCGCCGCGCACCCCACGAUCGGCCCACGAGUUGUGCGAGCGCUUGUCGCUGGCGGAGCCGAUAUCAACGAUAUGACUUUCGCCUCCGCAUAUAGCCCUCUGCACGUGGCGUGCAUAGAAGGCGCCUGCGCGGAGGUGAUCCAGGAGCUAUUGGAUCUCGGGGCCGACCUGGACGUUCCGUGCGUCUCUGCCAACUCCUUGGCCCCGCUCCACCUGGCCGCAGGUUUCGGGGGGAAUCUUGGAGCCAUCCGGCUCCUGAUGGGGCUACCAAACUCGGGAGGUCUCAAUGCCGUGGCCCCGCCGCCGAAUGACAGAGUCACAAUUCUGUACCUGGCCGUUCAGAACAACAUGACGGAGGUGGUGAGGUUUCUUUUGGAAGAGGGAGCCGACAUGGAUAUGAUGCCUAACGAAGAUGACGGGACGCUGUCCAAGAGUUCCAUGAUCGAGUACGCUGCUUUUGCCGGAAGCCUCGAUUCGAUGAACCUCCUCAUUCAGGCCAAAAUGUUCAAGGACGAGGCGGAGGAGAAGCAGCGGAAGGAGAAAGCUGGUACCGCGGGAGCGUGAGUGAAGACGACGCCCUCUGUCAGUUCUUUUUUUUUUCGUACUGCCGCUGCCGCCGCUACUGCUGCUGCUGCAACUGCAACUGACGGGUUGUUGAUUGUGCAUUCGAAAUACAGCAUAGAUAACUCCGGCAUUACCCGUGGAGCAAUACCUCCCCGCAAGAAGGUCUGGGUAAGUUCCACACCAACAGUGGACGGCAUACUUCGAUUGUUAAACGAGGUGGCUGGGUGAUUUUGCAUUAUUUCUCUAGUGUCCGGAAAUUCUCGAGCGCGUUAGCCCUAGCCGCGUUUGUUUGCCUACUCUACGUCGCGUCGGUUGUUUCUCCGGCCCUCGCCUGCCGGCAGUGUAUCACGCUGCAAAUACAGAUAGCUUUUGCCGACUACUUUCGCACGAAGCUUGAGCCCCCCCUCCCUGUGGAGAGGCGGAUUAAACAGGCGGGUAUGUAAACGAAAGAAUUGAUGUUUUUGAAAGUAUUGGCAAUGAGAGCGAGCAGCGUUUGGUUUUGUGCAUGUUGAAGUCGACUUGUUGGCGGCUUGCGGAGGCUUGUUUGGUGUAUGUGCUGUAGCAUUUCCCCUCCUCAGAUAUUCAACGAGGUUGGGCUUGGCGCAGGCUUUAGCACUACGUUGCCAUCUCUUCACCACCUUGCCAGGGUGAGUGCGCGUCCAUACAUUGUUGUUGUUGUUGUU